AUGUCGCAUCACCCACCGCCGCCCCCUCACCCGACCGUUCCGGGGCCGGCAGGUGCCGGGGCCAGCAGCAUGCCCGACCACAUGGCCACCGGCUUCCGGCAUGCCGGUGGUCAGCAGCAGCCGCAGCAGCCGCAGCAGCCGCAGCCGCAACAGCCGCACCACUCGCACCAUCACCACACGGCAGCACCAUCACCCAUGCAUUAUCAGCAGCACGCCUCCGGGCCGCAGGCAUCGCACCAUCCCCUUCCCCACCACUCUGCGCAGGUCAUGGGCCAUGGUGGGCACCAUGCGGGGCAUAUGAUGCCCGGUCAGCCAGGCGCCGGGAUGGACAUGCACCGGAUGUCCAUCCAGACGCCAUCGGCUCCGGCCGGGCUACAGCAUGCACCCGCUCACCAUGCGCCUCCUGGGGCCGCACACCACCGUGCCACCUCCGCCACAGCUGCCGAUGCCAUGGCCGCGGCUGCGGUUGCUGCUCAAUAUCAUUCCUAUGCCGGGCCUCCUUCGGCGGCGGCGGCCACGGCGGCUGCCGCUGCCGCCGCGGCGGCGGCCGCCGCCGCGGCCCAGCACCAUUCGGCCCAAGCACCGGCUGUGCAUCAUGGCCACCAUUUUUCUCAAUCCCCCUCGACGGUAGUCCACACGAUGCAGCAAUACCCCUCGGCUCAGGGACCUUCGCACAGUAAUCUGCACCUGCAGUCUAAUGGGCAAUUGCGUGGUGCCACGACCGUCGCCGACAUGGUCUCGAUGCAGGCACAAACGCAAGCUCAGGCACAAGCUCAAGCACAGGCACAAGCACAGGCACAAGCACAGGCACAAGCGCAGGCACAAGCGCAGGCACAUGCCCAUGCCCAUGCUCAUGCCCAAGCGCAUGCCCAAGCGCAGGCUCAGGCUCAGGCUCAGGCUCAGGCUCAGGCUCAGGCUCAGGCUCAGGCCCAAGCACAGGCACAUGCUCAUGCCCAAGCACAAGCCCAUGCCCAGGCUCAAGCCCAUGCCCAAGCCCAUGCCCAAGCCCAUGCCCAGGCGCGUAGCCCGGAGGAGUACGCCGGUUUCGGCGCAGGCGCUGCUGGAUCGACCGCCGGUGGGGCUCCCUCGGCCGCCGUCUCAGCCACAACGCAUGCUCAGCGCCCAUCGACCCACCACCAGCAGUCGCAUCCGCCCCAUCGCCCGAUGCCGGGCCAAAUGCCGCAGCAGGCUCACCAGCACCAUGCGUCUCUGGCAUCCAAGGGCCAGGCCUUCACCCAGCCAGGCCAGGGACAUUCGGCACAUGCUGCCGGGGCUCCGGUGCAGCAUUCCCAGCAGCAUCCUCACUCGCAUUCCCAGCAGUCCUCCUCGGCAGGCAUGGGAUCCUACAAUCAAAAUGCGGCCCUCGGCGCACGAAAGGUGCCCCCCUCGCCGCAGCUUCAUCCCUCCCACGGGGGUGUGACCCAGUCCGCGCCGGGGCCGGCGGUUGGAGGUCGACCAGGCCCGAGCCCCAGUCCGAGCCCUGGGCAUAGCUACUCUGCAGCCGCCGCGGCGCCAGCCGUACCGGGGCACCAUCCCCACGCCCAUCCCCACCAUCCUCAUCUCCAUCAGCAUCAGCCGCAGCCGCAGCCGCAGCCGCAGCCGCAGCCGCAGCCGCAGUCGCAGCCUGGGCAGCAGGGCCAGCAGUCGCUGACGUCUCUACCUCUGCCGCACCAGGCGCCGCAGCAGCCGCAGCAGCCGCUCCCACCAUUGCCCCCGGGUCAGCAGCUGAAUCGAGCCGGCCCGGGCUCCCGGGUGCCCGGACCAGUUGGCAGCUCGCCCCAUCCGCAGCAGCCGCCCUCGCCCUUUGGUCCGGCAGGGGACAUGCCCACCGGUUCUCUGCCUGGCACAUACCCGGGCCAGGUGCCGGCCCAGCCGCAGCCGCAGCCGCAGCCGCAGCAGCCGCAGCAGCCGCAACAGCAGCCGCAACAGCAGCCGGCUCCCUCGCCAAGCGGAUAUCCGUACGGGGCCGGAGGCGGCGCGGUUCUGGCCGGUUCAGCUCCGGGUAGCUCUCCGCACUUCCCGAGCCCCAUGCCACCGGUCGACCCGCAGGCUCUGCCGGGUGCAACCCCGGCUGCUGGGGCCGCGGGAAUGGGCUUUUUGCCAGGUCGGUCCCCGGCCCAGCCGGGCUCUCAUCUUCCCUCCCCUUCGCAGGGGGUCUACGGGGGGGCCGAUUCGACCGCCGGCCCGGCCGGGGGUGGUCUCCUGCCGCGUGGUGCCCAGCCAGCCAUGAAUCCCUCGUCGUAUGCCUCGUACUUGGUUUCACCGGCGGCCUCGGCCCCCGGGCCCGGGGUCCUGCCGACCCCCCCUCAGCCGGGGCACGCCUUGGCGGGCUCUCAUGCACCGGGAGGGGGGCCUGUUGCUCCCGGAUCCGGAUAUGGCCAGCCGGUGGCCUCGGGUGCUGGCUAUGGCGGCUUAUCGGUGGCCGGUACUCCGGGGGGCAUGUCACCGGCUCGGCCGGGCAGCUCCCCGCAUCCGGGAUCUGGCGUGGGUUCGGCUGGCUCGGUCCUGCCGUCCCCCUCGCCGGGCCAAUCUCCCGCGCACCCGGGGCUUGAGUAUGGCCCUCUUCGGUCGCCGCACCCUGGGCCGCCGGGGGCCACUUCGGCUCCCGGAAUGGGGUCUUCACGCCCUGGGGCCGACUUCCCUCGGCCAGUGGCCCCGGGUGAUGGGCCUGGCGGGCAGUCGGCUGUUUCCAGCCCGGGCCAUGUUAUUCAGCCCUCCCCUCGACAGCUGCCGUAUGGCGCGGCCGGCGGGCCAGCUGCUCCGACAUAUCCCCAUGCUCCGGGUGUUUCGUCGGCGCAGCAACAGGCCCAGGCUGCGGGGCCUCCGUCGUCAUCCUCCUCUUCCUCGUCGCAGUCGUUUGCUCGGAAGACCCCUUCACAUCAACAGCCGCAGCCGCAGCCGCAGCCGCAGCCGCAGCCGCAGCCGCAGCCGCAGCCGCAGCCGCAGCCCUCACACCCACAUCAUCCACCGCACCACAUGCAACCGCCAUCGCCCAUGCAGCAGCCAUCGCCCAUGCAGCAGCCAUCGCCCAUGCAGCAGCCAUCGCCCAUGCAGCAACCGUCGCCCAUGCAGCAGUAUCAUCCACAGGCCGGUCCUUCGGCAGUGCCUCCGACUGCCGGCGCGGUGGCCGGGCCCCGCCAUCCGAGCGUGCCCCCGGGAGCGGGUGCCGCGACUGGGCUUGUGCCAUCACACCAGUCACCUGGUGGGUUCCGCCCUGGCGAUCGUCCCCCCGCUGCCGGGCAAUUGGUCGGCAGCGUGCGUCCUGGCUCGACCAGUGGCUUCCCCGAGCAUGAGCAUGUCGGCUAUCUGCCACGCUCGGCGGCCUCCGCCCCGGCAAGUCAGCUGCACCAUGUCCCCUCGCAGCCGAUGCCUCCGGUGGCACAGCACCCAUCGCAGCUUCCCUCUCCCCACCAACGAGACAUGGGUUCCUCGCUGACGGCCCCCAGCCCUGGCUCGAUGUCCGUCCCGCAUGGGCAUCUGCCAGGCAGCAUGGGAGUUGGUGGCACUGGUCAUGGGCCUUCUUCCUCCAUGGUUGUGGGUCCAGUGUCCCAGCAGCCCCAUGUGCAACAGUCGCCUGCAGGGGGAGGUCCCUUGGUUUCGGCCCAUGCUGCUCCCUCGCCGUAUCAGCCGCCCACUUCGGGCGCUGUGGACCCGAACACUGGGUAUCCGGUUUCGGCCGAUGGCCGGCCCUUCCUCCCAGGACAGUCGCCCAUGUCAGCCCAGGCUGCGCAGCAUGUGAACUUCCCACAGCCGCAGCCCGGACAUCCCCAGCGGCAGCCCCACCCGAAUCCAUCCGACCCGCAAUCUUUCCAGCAUCAUCCCCAUCAGCGGCAACCUCAACCGAUGCCGCCGUCGUCGCAGCAGCUCCAGCACCCGCAGCAUCCGCAGCAGCUCCAGCAUCCGCAGCAGCUCCAGCAUCCGCAGCAGCUCCAGCAUCCGCAGCAGCUUCAGCAUCCGCAGCAGCUUCAGCACCCGCAGCACCUGCAGCACCCGCAGCACCCGCAGCACCCGCAGCACCCGCAGCACCCGCAGCACCCGCAGCACCCGCAGCAUCCGCAGCACCCGCAGCACCCGCAGCACCCGCAGCACCCGCAGCACUCGCAGCACUCGCAGCACUCGCAGCACGCACAACACCCGCAACAGCGUUCACAGCAUCCACAGCACUCGCAGCACGCACAGCACAUGCAGCAUCUGCACCGCACGCAUCCGCAACACCCACAGCAGCAGCAUCCACAGCAGCAGCAUCCACAGCAGCAGCAUCCACAGCAACAACAUCCACAGCAACAGCAUCCACAGCACCUGCAACAUCCACAGCAUUCGCAGCACGCACAGCACCCACAGCAACACAAGUUCCCCCCCCACAUGGCUGCUGGCUCGUCUGUGCCGGGAUCUUCCUCUGCGAUGCCAUCACACCUGCAUCAGCAACCGGGCCUGGCACAUUCCGAGGGGUUCACCACCAGGCCAGGGAAUCAGCAGCAGCAGCAGCAGCAGCAGCAGCAGCAGCAGCAGCAGCAGCAACAACAGCAGCAGCAACAACAGCAGCAACAGCAGCAGCAACAGCAGCAGCAACAGCAGCACCACCAGCAGCAGCAGCACCACCACCACCAGCAGCAGCACCACCACCAGCAGCACCCGCAACACAAGCAGCAGCAGGUGCAGAAGCAGCAGCCGCAUCCAACUUCGUCAAUCCCCAUCCAAUCCCCUCCAGCCGGGGCCGGACCAGUGUCACAUUCCUCACACCCACAGGCUCCACCUGAUCAGAUGGCCAUGCAGGGCGGCUCACGGGCGCAAUCUCCCUCAACAAUUGCACACGAUGGUGCUGGCCGAAUGCCGGCCAUUCGCGCGGUCCGGCAGUCGCCGAUGGCUGCGUCCCCUGGAGGCCUCCCCCCGGGGAUGAUGCAUCCUUCGGCCGGAGGCCCAGCUGGCGUGUCCGGCCCCCCCGCCGGAGUGAUGGUUCACCCGCCGGCGAUGGCCCCCCCGUCGGUGGGUCCGUCGGCCGUACCUCCUCGAGUGCAGCACAGUGCCCUGACCGCUGGAAGUCCGCACAUCCAGGCAUCCGGCCCGGAGUCCAUCAGCGACAUGGUCCAGGCGGAUCCGACCACCGCCGUGUCAAGUUACGACUCGAGCCUCUCCUCGGCGCACCGGGUGUUUAUCACGCGCCCCAGCGAGCUCGGGGUUGUGACGCCGGCUCUCACGGUCCCGCCCCAUGCCCCGGCACAGGCUUCCCCCUUCCAGAAUGAGCUCCGAAACAUCCUGGCUGCCUUCAGCAUUCAGCUGUCCACUCUGCCACUGGCCCCGGGCUUGGAGCCUUGGGGCAGCGGCGGCUGGAGCAAUGGCGGCUGGGGCGACAGCAAGAUGGACAUUCCGUCCGAUGCGGCCAGCAAAGUGGAGAAGAUUGUCCAGGACCACAUCUGUUCUCUGAUUUCUUCCGUCAUCCAGGACAACCAGUCGCUUCAUAUCUCCCCUUCGGACAUCAUUCGCGCGGUCGACGCCUCGUCGAAUGAUCUCUUCAUGAACAUCAGCCUUUCGCAACGCCUGCGGCAUUUCCUGACCUUCGCCCAGUCGGACAUGUCCAAUCUUCAGACUCACCUGCUCAUGUGCCAUCUUCUGUGCACGCCGCUUCCGCCGAACCUUUUCUCCCACGGGGCCGAUCUCAGCUUCGGUCACCAGGGCCCUGCAUCGGCAUCGGCAUCGGCAUCGGCAGCCAGCCCGGGUUCGGGGUCCGACGCAGGUAGCCCGCCCGGUAGGGUGCCACGUUCCACCGCCGCCGCCAUGGCGGCCACUACCACCGCCAGCAUGCUGGGCCUGGAAUUGAACUCCGGCGGGGUUUCGUCGGCCGGGCCGGCCGGUGCCGAGCUUGGGGUUGCCUUCUUCCCCGGGGCCAGCGACCGGCGGCGGCCGCGCUACCCUCCCCAAGGGUCCAUUUCGGAAGAUCUCCUUGGGGGUCUGGGGCUGGAGGAGGAAUCCCAGCCCCGGCGCAUGCGCUUUGCCCCCGAGUCGGGUGCCCCGGCGUUUGGCUCCUCGGUCGGAUGCCUGCAAGCCCCGCGCGACUCCGAGGCCAAGUUCUGCCGAUCAUGCAGUGCUCUGAUUGAGCGCUUCACGCUGGAAGAUGUGUCACUCACCAUGGGCAAGGCCACGAAGUUGGACGCCUGGCUGAAGAUCAACUUCGAUCCGCAGCCCUUUGUGCUGGAUAUGCUUGGCAUCAUUGUCACCGAUGCCAUCCGGCGAAUUGCCCUGACUGCUCUGUUCAUUCGUCGCGAGGCCGUUCAAAACUCCAUCGUUCGAGGCACCCGGCGGAAUGAGCUGCGUCCUGAGCCCCUUGCUUCGAGCAUGAUCGACGAGUCUUAUCGGAAGCUGUCCAUCAAGCCGCCCGCUCCCCUGCCACUAUUCCAUUCAAUGGGCUCGGCGCUGCAUGUGCCUUCCUCCAACCAUUGGUCGCCUUUCUGUGUGCCUUUCCCCGCUUUGGUGGAAGCCCCGCCACCGCGGUAGAGCAUACCCAUUUUUCCGUUGUCCUUGUGUCUACUGAGCGAGUGCGUGCGUGCGCGCCGUAAAUCAUGCCGCCCGUAUGCCGCUCCUUCCGUCCUCCCUUCCGGCUUUGCGCCCCCUUUUUGUCCCUCCUCCUUUCUCUCCCCCCCCCCCCC